AUGCAAUAUGGUUCAAGAAAUUGGGCUGUGAUAGCUGAGAAAUUGGAAGGGAGAGCAGGAAAACAGUGUCGUGAGAGAUGGCUUAAUCAUCUUCGUCAUGAUAUCAAGAAAGACGUUUGGAGUGAAGAGGACGAGAGGCUGUUAAUCAAAGUCCACAAAAGGGUUGGAAACAAAUGGGCAGAGAUUGCCAAACACAUCACUGGAAGAACUGAAAAUUCAAUAAAGAAUCACUGGAAUGCGACGAAAAGAAGACAGAUUUCAAAGAGAAAAAUCAAGAAACCAAGAGGGGUAAAUGGAAAACGACAAUCAACCCUGUUACAAGAUUACAUCCAGAACAAGUAUAUGAACAAUGGUUCUGGCUUCAUACCCACCUCAAUCAACUCAGAUGAGGCUGCCAUCACCAUUACUCCUCCCAGCUCCACCGUGCCUGAGGCCGAGGGCCAGUCUUUUUUUACUUUCGAAACAUGUGAGGAGGAAAUAAACUUCAUGAAAAACCUAUUUGGAAACAAUGAUUCAUCCAGCAAUGCUUCAAUGGUGCAAAGCCAUGCUGUACCCUCCUGCUGCAUCAGAAACAAACAUGCAGAUUAA